CACAGAAGAAUCUCAGCGACGGCCGCAGACGAGCAGUGAAGAUGGCAUCAGCUGGUGAGAGUCGCUCUGAAUCAGACGAUCAACAGGUUCCAGAUCAGGAUGAAACUACUUCUGUUAAACAUGUUCAGUCACAUUACUUGCGCUGUCCGUCACCCAGUUUCUCCAUGAUGUCAGACCGGUUCUCCAUGAUCUCUGGUUCAGAUGCAUCGAGCAUAUACAUGGAGCCGAUUCAUCUAUCUUCUGCAAUCGCUGCUAAAAAGAUCAUCAGUGAAGAGCUCAAGUCCAGAGAGGUCAGCGUGUCGGCGACCCCUGACAGUAUGCUGGAAACAGCAGAGCAGCUGAUGGUGGAGGAUCUGUAUAACCGGGUCAAAGACAUGAUAGACGACAGAAGUCUUUACAACACGCCAUGUGUUCUGGACAUACAGAGAGCACUGGUGCAGGACCGUCUGGAAGCGCCGUUAAAUGCCGUCGAUGAAGUCUGGCCAAACAUCUAUAUAGCAGAGAAAUCUGUGGCAGUAAAUAAAGCUCGUCUCAAGCGUCUCGGAAUCACUCAUAUUGUGAAUGCGGCUCAUGGCACAGGAGUGUACACUGGCGAGGUGUUUUACCAGGGUAUGAACAUCACGUAUAUGGGCAUCGAGGUGGAUGAUUUUCCUGAAGCAGAUAUCUCACCACACUUCCGCUCAUGUGCAGAGUUCCUCGAUGAAGCUUUACUGACACACAGAGGCAAAGUACUUGUGGACUCAAUGAUGGGAAUGAGUCGAUCAGCUGUACUUGUAGCUGCUUACCUCAUGAUCUUCCAGAACAUGAGCAUCAUGGAAGCACUGCUGGAGAUCAGGAAGAAACGUGUCAUCAACCCCAACGAAGGUUUUAUAAAGCAACUGCGUCAACUUAAUGAGACUCUGAUGGAGGAGCGCGAUGAAGACGACGAUGAAACCCUCAGCCAGUGUUCUGUGAUCGACACCCGUGCUCGCCUUGAUGAGGAGGAGAGCAUGUUUGGAGUUAAAGCUGACUCUAUCAUGGUGGAUGAGGAGGAAGAUAGCGGCAGCGUAAUGAGUAGUGUUGCUUCAUCUGCAGCUGCGGCGGCUCUGAAAGCAGGAAUUCUUGGUGGACCAAGUAAGCCUGACCUGGAAGUGAUUGCAGAUGACCCUUCCCUCCCAGGAAAAGACAGGGAAGAUGAAGAUGGUGAUGUGGACAGCAUGAUCCGAGAGUGGCAAAAGCGCAAUGAGAAUUACCAGAGCGAGGACUGGUGGGAGGCCCAGCUUAUGUGCGACAGUGAGGACGGCGAGUCUUUGCUAGGCGAGGGGAAGCGUCUGGCAGUGCGACCGGAGGACCUGGAGAGUGUGACCAGCGAAGAUGUGCGAGUGAUGAAGGAACGGAUCAGGCGUCAUCCACGUCGACCGGCUUCAGAUGCAGGAUCCACGACCAGCUGCAGCAGCUACGCCGAUCUGUGGAAGCAACGCCUUAAAGAGAUCGAAGAGCAGGCGGCUGCACGAUACCGACUUAAAGAGACUGAUGAUGACACUAACAGCGAAGCAAGCCAGAAGAAAAUCGAUGAUGAUGUAGAGAGUAUUCUCUCUGAUACUAGCUCCAUGUACAACUUUUGCAAAAAGAAUAAGGAACAUCUAACGCCGCUGGAAAGGUGGAAGAUUAAGCGCAUUCAGUUUGGCUGGAACAAAAAGGAUGCAGCGGCAGAGAACGGGGAGCAGAAGGAGGGCGAGACGGAGGCACCAGCAACCUCCUUGGAGGACGUCAACUUAACGGCCUAUCAGACCUGGAAACUGAAGCAGCAGAAGAAAUUUGGUGGUGAAGAGAACAAGGAUGAGAUUCUGGAAAUGAGUCGAGCAGAGGACACGGCCACAGUCAAGAGACGACAGCGACGGGAAGAGCUUCUGGAGCGUACAAGAAAAACACUAGAAGAGAGCCAAUCUGUAUGUGGCUGGGAAACUGAGAGUGCUCUAAGCGGCGCCAGCAUCCCCCUGUCUGCUUUCUGCGCAGGUGCUUUUCCAUCCGCAAGUGUCACAGGAGAUGAUAACAUGUCUGUGCUGAGCGGAAGAUCUUCUGUCCUUUCAGGUUUUAGUACAAGAUCACAACCUCCUGUGCCCCAAGAGCCUCCUCCAACACCUGCUCCAGUGAUCGGUCCUAAUGGAGAACCCAUGGUCAACAUUGCAAACAUCCAAAACUGGAUUGCCAAUGUGGUGAAUGAGACUCUUAUUCAGAAGCAAGCAGAGAUGAUGAUAGGAGGAGGUCUCGCCCCUUUCAGAGCAGGAUCAGUGUUUAGUCUGGGUGUUGGAUCAACACUUGGUCCCGGUCGUGGAGUAGAUGAUGAUAAAGCCUCGAUGUUGAGUGGAGCAACUUCCUCUAGUGUAAUGUCCCGCAUUCGGGCAGAAUCUGUGCUAUCAGUGGGUGGGAAGGCCCGAUCUGUGCUGUCUGAUGGUGGUCGAGCUGAGUCUGUGCUGUCUGCUGGAGCAUCCAACCUCUCAUCCAUCUCAGGGUUAGGAUCUCGAAAAAGCAAGAUCACUACAACCAGUGUACCAUUGUACAGCCUCUUCCAAGACCAGGUAAAUCUUCAGAAACUGAACACCAUGGAGAAAGAAAUCAAGGCCGAUAUGAGGGACAAGAUGGCAUCAUAUGAGGUGAAGAAGAUUACAGAAGACAACAAGCGCAGUACAUUAUACAAGAAGAAGAAGCAGAAAGAGGAGGAUGAAGAUGAAAAACAUGAGAGGGGAUAUGGAAAGUCAAAUGGAUUUGAUGAUUUGGUGGACCGUCCUAGUGAGAAACCUAAACCCAAACGAGAUUUUGGGCGUUCAGGAAUACUCAACCUGCCAGCUUCAGCGAGUAACCCCACCAGCAGUAUUGAUGAAUGGCUCCAAAAUGUAAGACCUCCUCAAAGCAAAACAAAAGUGUCUGUUGAUGGAGAUACUGAGCCCCGCAUGUCUCGGCCGUCAUAUGAAGAAACAUCAUAUGAACCGGAACCUUCGGAGUUUGACUUCCCAAGCCGCCGGAGCUCAAUAUCAAUAGAUGAAGAUGAAGAGGAGGAAUAUGGCUUUGCCACAAGAUUUUCAUCCAGGCAUCAGGCUGAUGCUGACAUGGAUAUGGGUAGAGACCCUAGUCCAGAGUUCAACUAUCAAUCUAGGAGGUCCCUGCCUUCAACUGAGCAAUCGUUUAAUGGCUUGAGCGAAACUACUAGUUACAAAACCAGGAGAUCUUAUGAUGAGGGGGGUAGUUACCAGGAGUACUCAGCAAAACCAAAAUUGACUCAUACCUCACUGUUUGAGAACAAUGAUACUGUGAGGACAACCAAAACGAGACAGGAUGAGGAGGAAGAUGAGGAAAUUUCCGUUUUUUUAGCUCAGAUCAAACAGCGGGCAAGGGCACGGGUAGCUGAAGAAAUGAAGGAGGAUGAAGUUAUUGUUGCAUGGAAGAAACAGGAAGAGUCAAAGUCACAGACUUACAGUAAAAAAUCUUAACUGUUGUUGUGUUUAUGCCAAAAAUAAGGAUCUCAUUAUCUGUGUGGUUGAAUUGAAGAUCUACAGAGCAGUAAUGAUUCUGGUUGUUUCAGUUAUGAGAGCUUAAGGGCUUCCUUUCUUAAAACCAUUUCAGUAAAACACGAGAGUCUCGAAACUGCA